CCAUUUUGACAUUGGAAUAAUUUUGGAGGAUAUUAGUGGCGCCCAAACUGAGUCUUGACAUCAAUCUUAGGUUAUUGGUGUGAGCGAUGUAAAUAGAAUAGGAUUGUAAAUUGGAAUCCAAUGUAUGAUCACAAUUCAUAGACUCAAACGCUAAUUAAAACAGCCUUAAAUCGGCCACUCGAGUGUAACUGCUCCACUGCGGCCGAAUAACGAUCGUUAUUCGUUUUCCAGUGCAUAUUGAGUUGUUUUGCAGCGUAGUCGUUAUUCCUCGUUUCUUCCGCUUUUUCCAACAUGCCCAUAUUUAGCUUUGUAUUAUUUUUUAUAUUGCUUUCUGUACUUUUGUUAAUUCUCGAUAGGUGCACUUUGGCGGAUACACAUAUGUAUACCAAGUGUACUUACUUACUUACGCCUGUUACUCCCAAUGGAGCAUAGGCCGCCGACCAGCAUUCUCUAAAGGUUUGAAUAAUUAUUUCUGGUUAGUGUUUUUCUAGCGAGUUAGUUUUCUACGGGAUGGGGACGCUAACCCCAUGCCCAACCCUCCUCCUUUAUCUGGGCUUGGGACCGGCAGUAGCCCCCGGAGGGACUCCAGGCGGAGUUAUACCAAGUAUAUAUAUAUAUAUAUAUAUAUAUAUAUAUAUAUAUAUAUAUAUACUUGUCUCAUAUCUUACGUUUUGGAUGACUGACUGGUUGAAAAUCCCUGUUAAAGAGUAAGAGGCCUUCAUUUGUGAUAGCUUUAAGUCAUUACAGUCAUAUGUAGUAUAUACCGUCACCAUUACCAUUAAUUUUAGAUUAAAAUAAAUUAAAGCUAACUUUACUGGCUUGUUUAAAGUCGUUUUAAAUUUUGAUUUGUAUGUGAUACGGUACUACCAUAGACACCAUCAUCAUAGAGCCUGGCACAUAUAUAUCUUGGCUAAAGUCAUACUACAUUAGCACGGCGUGAUGGGAGUAAACGAGAUCGGAAUAGUGUAGCAGCAAUGACAAAAAGACUACAAAAAGUAUCCCCAAAAUUUUUUAGGAGCUCAUGUCUUUUCAUCUGAUCACCUAAACAUAGUCUGGUUCUGUAUUACAUAUUAGUAUGCUUUAAAUUGUCUUGUUUGUCAAAGUUGUUAUUUCCUCUGCCCAUAAAGUAACUAGACGUCUUAAGAGUCACCCAUUCAAGCAUUUUAUUCUGUCAAAGUUUUCCCCAGUUUAUCACACGACUAGUGAGUAUUAAUGAGUUAUAUCGAGCUGCAAACUCUAUGCAGUAUCAGCGAUAUGUACAUACAUAUUUUUAAGCAAUAAGUCUGCUGUUCAUAUUUCGAAUGACACCUGCCAGUUUUUCGAUUUGUGUGCUUAAUGAUAAAUGUAUACUCUUGUGUAGUUUCAUCUGUUUUUAGUAUCCAGAAGUACUUCAUUUUUACUAUCACAUUUCUAUCUCCAAGUUAUGUUUAGGUUCAAUCGAAGUGAAAAUGGAUUGUCCAACCUACAUUGUGUGCAACCAUCAAAGGUAUUGGUUACAAGAUGGUCGUGGCAAGCAGUUUCCACGUGGGCUAACUUCCCUGUGCAACAUAAUGGUCAAACAAUGAAUCUCAUGGGGAAUAAGAGCAAAGUAGAAUCACUUACUGUUCGUGAUAUUACAGAUGCUCCGAUUUCGAAACAAAAUUCUUCCGAUGAACCAUCCAGUUCCUUUGUUACUCCACAUUCAAGUGCUCCUCCAUUGUCUACUGUUGUUCAGCAUGAGGACGAAAUAAGACUAGUUGAGUUUCUUAAAGUUCAUGGAUUUCGGUGGUAUCAAGUUGUGAUAUUUCUCAUUUCUAUAAUCAGUUACCUCGCAGACAUUGCAUCCGAUGCAUACUUGGUUUAUACGUAUUAUAUUCAGGAAGAUUACUACUGGUCUAGUUUAACAAUGAUUUUCAUGGUUGUUCCCGCUCUCUUGAUGUCCAGUUUCAGUCUUGCGUGGUAUUUCAUUGACUAUAAAGUUCGAGUUGAUCCUCCACGUAGCUAUCGAGCAUGGACAUUUAGACUAUUGUUUCAUGGACUCCAGUUGGCCCCACUAGUGAGGGCAGCUGAUGCUAUCUACUACGGUAUAGUAAGUCGACAACCCGGGUUAAGUCUUCGUGUAGCUGCACAAUAUACGCAGUUGAUGCUUUAUGAAGAUGCUGAUUGUGCUAUGCUUCGUUUGAUUGAAUGUUUCACUGAAUCCGCUCCACAGCUUCUGUUACAGUUGUACAUUAUUUUAACGCAAUCAUAUCCUGCACCUAAAUUUCAAAUGACUGCACAAUUUGUUUCAUGUGUGUUUUCAUGGCUUUCAUUGGCGUGGUCGUUAACCUACUACCAAACUGCUCUACGUAGUUCACGUAUUGAAAAAGGAAAUAUCCAGACAUUAGGUAUUAUAUUCUUCUUUUUCUGGAAGGCUGGAGUGCUAGCAUCACGAUUACUAGCUCUGGGUAUACUUGCCUCUGUUGUCAGGGGAUUUUGGUUUGUAAUAGCGCUCGGUGUUCAUUGGUUGUUGGCUUCUGGUUGGUUAAUCACUCGCGGGACGACGUUUUGUUCAUCUAAUUCACGAGCGUUAGGAGAACUAACCUUUGAUUUUGUACUAGGUGCAGUUUAUUGUUUUGAUGUGGUCAAUAUUCGUGAAGGACGAAGUCGAAUGUGGUAUGGAUCAUGUUACUUAAUAUUUGGCAUUGAAAACUCGGUAUGUGCAUCAUUAUGGUGGGUAACACAUUCAUUUAUUAUUGCAAGUCUUCCAAAAAGUGUGUUCAAAAAUCAACCAUCCACGUGGAAUACCGUUUUACCUCCAUACACUCUUCUUCUUAUUGUGAUGUGCAGUUUUUGUAUGGGCAUAGUGAUGAUGAUCGUUUAUUACAUUACGUUUCAUCCAUCGGGAAAGAUUGAAUUAUGCAUUCCGUGUGAUGAACUGAUAAUAACUUCUGAACCGCAAGAUUCAUUAACCGUCGAUCCAAAUAUUCAACUGUCAGAGAAAACUAUCCAGUUAUCAGUGUAAGUUGAAUCAGUAGAAAUAAAAAUCCAACGUCUAAAAUUUGUUUUUGCCGUCAAACUAAGAUUUUUCAAAUCGGAGUUUAUCUGACCGUAUUUCCAGCACAGAAAAAUUAGUCCCAUCCCUUCCAGAUUGCUAUACUGGAGGAAAAUAAAAAAAUAUGUACUCAAGAUAAUUUGCUCACUUAUUUUAUAUGUAACACAUAGACUUUUCUUUAGUUAACAUAUGCUGGGAGAUACCGAAGAAAUGACCUUAAUAUACGAUCUAAGAAUGUAGCUGCACAGAAGAAAUAAGUUUAUACACCAUUUCAUCUUUCAUGAACAUUCAAAAUGACCUGAUCAUCCGAUCCUAUUUAUAAUGCACUAUAUUUCUGCUGGUCUACGCCGUCUUUCUUGUAUGAUAUUCUUGUCAUCACUAUUCACUGUGGCUUCAAUGUAUGUAAGCGUAUUUAGAUACAAACACAAAAUCUUAUGGAAAUUCACUUUCUCUAAAAUAAACAACGAUCUUGUUAUUUUUUAAAUUGCUUUACGAAAAUUCAUUAGGAAAUCAUAAAACGGACAGUUUAACAAUUUGCAAGAACCAUUAACAUUCAUCGAUUUCAACACACAACAAUCACUUCCGUCUGCUGGCGAAAAAAUGAAGUCAAAGAAUUAAAACAACAGGCUUGAUGCCAUGAAUAGAUUGUCAACGAAAAUUUUUAUAUAAUAGAAAUAUUAAUUUGUAUGUAUGACAAAACAGUUGUUCAUCAAUUCGAGUUUUUAUUUUAAUGAAGAUCAAUAAAAUAUGUCAGAAUAA